AUAGAAUCUUUCUCGUUUAUUAUUUUUUUUAUUUCAGCACAGAUGGAGUUUCAUUUAAUUCAAGUUGACCAUACUAGCGAAAAUAAAAGCGAAAGUGGUUUAGAAAAACUUGAAUUUAAAAUUAACGAAGACGAAAAAGACGAAUGGAUUCUUGGUCGCCAUUCAAGGACCGAUUUUAAAAUUGAUUCUAGAGCGUUCCCAUUAUUUCUCUCCAGGAGGCAUGCGCGUUUUACUUUAGAAGAAAAACAAUUGUUUGUUGAAGAUCUUCAAACCACAAAUGGAAGUUAUUUAAACGGGGUUAUGUUAGCCCCUUAUACGCGGCAUUGGUUGAAACAUGGAGAUCAUAUUGCAUUUGGAUGUUUAAGAGACGAUAAACCAGUACCUGGCGAUAUUGUGAAAGACUGUACCACUCCAUACAGAUUCCUGGUUAUUGAGGCAAAUCAUUCUGUACAUUGUGACAAUGAUGUCAUAAACCCAGCCCAUAGGUCACCUGUAUAUCCUCGUCAAGGCAAUUCACGGAAGCGAAGAUUGUCAAACACCAUUAAUAACGAAAGAAGACGUCGAGAUUCCAGCAAUGGUGAAGACAGUGGAAUUGAUGAUUUGGACCAUACACCUUUUAUUAAGUUGCACAAACUAAUUGAUAGCCAGCAUAAUCUUGAUGAACCAGGUGUUUCUCAUUGGAAUGUUGGAACGAAUGAAAACAAAUCAAAUCUAAAUUCAAGUAAAACUGAAGCAGAUGAAGAAGUUGAACCAUGUUCGUCACAUCAAUGUUUAUUUGCCUCCUUACAUAAUGUGGAUGAGAAUUUAAUAUCGUGGGUUCAAUGUGAUUCUUGUGACCAGUGGUACCAUACACAGUGCGUUGGUUGUGACUACGAGCAAGUCAAAAACUCAACCCACCAAUUCCAUUGUGGGUUUUGCUGAUCCGACAUUUUUUUUUACUUUUCAACAUUAAAUUGUAUUUACUGUAUACAUUGCAAUAUUAACAUAAAGUUACUGCGGUAAAACACUAACAACAAGUACGGUAGUUUCAUCAAGUUUGUUUCUGCCGAAUGACUUCUCUUUUUAAUCUCGCAGCCAAAGCAAGACGAGCGUUCAAUGCGUCAUCGUCUGGUUGUUCAUUUUUACUCUUUUUAUCUGCGGUUUAAAAAACACAGUUUCUUAACUUAAGUUUAAACAAGUUUUUAAGUAAUCUUUGUUCAUUUUUACUCUUUUUCUCUGCAGUUAAAAAACGCGGGCUAAAUUUAAAAAAAGUGUUUUAUAAUUUUGUUAUAAUGAAAUUAUCUUCCCAGGAGUAUUAAAAAACUUUAGCAUAUUUGCCUCAUAAUAUAAAAAAUAUGUUUUUUAAGUUUUAAAAUGAAUUUUUAUAAUAUUUCUGAUGUGUUAUAUUUUGUACCUGCACUUGAUGAUUGUUCUGGUUGGUUUUCAUGAAAUUCUUUCAGUUCUGCCUGUCUGCUGUUUCGUUUUUGUUCCAAUAUUUUGUCGCGUUGUUUUUUCAAAUACUGCUUCCGUUUUUCGAGCUCAUCUUGAUUCACAUUGCUUGCCUUUGAGUAAAACACGAGGUUUCACAUGUUUU